AUGUCUCGUGCUCUAGGUAACUUGUUUAUAAAAACCGUGAAAACUAAUUCCGUGUACAAAAAAAGUAUCUCCCGUAAUUUCAGUAUAUCUUGUCAACAAAAGGGACACGCAUUGAUUUACACCGGGUACGGAGAUCCUGCAGAGGUUCUAAAGUUAACAGAAGUGCCUGACAAGAAGCCAGAAGCUAAUCAAGUUGCUGUUAAAUGGCUUUUGUCGGCGGUAAAUCCGGCAGAUAUUAAUACACUGCAAGGUAAAUACCCAAGCCGUCCUUCCUUGCCCGCUAUCGCGGGGAAUGAAGGUGUUGGAGAGGUCGCUGAAGUCGGAGGGAAUGUUACUGAUUUAAAAGUUGGCGAUCGCGUGGUUCCUAAUGUUAACAAUAUCGGUACUUGGGCCACCCGCGGGACCUACGAACCUGAUCUUCUGAUGAAGAUUCCCAAAACUUUGGGCGCCGUGGAAGCUAGUAUGCUCAUCGUAAAUCCUUGCACUGCCUAUAGAAUGCUGAAAGACUUUGAAAAACUCUCGCCAGGUGACACUGUGAUUCAAAACGGUGGAAAUUCCGCGGUUGGCCAAUUGGUGAUCCAACUUUGCAAGGCUUGGAAUCUCAAUAGCGUAAACGUUGUCAGAGACCGUGAAGAUAUUGAAGUUUUGAAGAAAGAUCUCAAGGGCAUUGGAGCCACUGAAGUUCUGACAGAAAGCGAAGUGCGCACUACAGAUCUCUUUAAGAGUAAGAAACUACCAACGCCAAAAUUGGCCCUCAACUGCGUCUGUGGUCAGAAUGCUGUUGAUGUUCUCAGGCAUUUAAGGGCUGAGGGCACAAUGGUCACUUAUGGAGCCAUGUCCAGAGAACCGCUUACUGUUCCUGCUUCAGCGUUGAUCUUCAAGAAUAUUUCGAUUAAAGGAUUUUGGAUGACGGCUUGGAAAAAGGCGCAUGGAAACUCGGAGGAAAAUACUAAAAUGUUUGAAGAAAUAGGAAAGUUAUUUGAGGCUAAAAAGUUACAACCUCCUCCGUAUAAAAUAAUUAAGUUGUCUGACGAACAAGCUAUCGCGCAGGCGCUCAAGAUGGAUGGAAAAAUUGGGGUUAAAUUUAUUAUUGAUCUUACAGCUUGA